AUGAAGUCUGCUUUCGCUGCCGUCGCCACUGCUCUGUGCCUUUCUGCUGGUGCUCUCGCUCAAACUUCCCCUCCCUUGGUCAACACCCCUGUACCCAACCCUCCCGUUUGCCAACCCCUCCUGAUCACCUGGAGCGGAGGAACUCCCCCAUACUUCUUGAGGUCCGUUGGCUUCCCCUCACUUGUUGUGCCAUUGCUCAACAUUCUCCCUGGUGGACAACCCAGUGCCCCUGCCCUGCUUGACUUUGGUCAAGUCGACGGCACUUCCCUCACAUGGCGUGUCAACUUCACAGUUGGCACCUCUCUUGGACUUGUCCUCCGUGACAACACUGGUUUGGUUUCUCAGUCCGCACCCUUCAGCGUUGCGGCCGGCAGCGACCUCUCUUGUCUUAGUGGCUCCGGCUCUUCGUCGACUGGCUCAAGUUCUACUGGCUCUGGCCCUGGCUCUAGCUCCAGCUCCGGCUCUAGCUCCACCGCUGCUGUUACCAGCCCAACUUCCCCUGCGUCGACCCCCGUGACCCCGACAUCCCGCUCUUCUAGCGCCUCAUCGCACUCAUCCGGCACCGGUACUUCUUCUUCAGCCACCAAUGCCCCUAGCUCUGCAGCAUCCAUUGAGAGCGUCCAGAUGGGCCUUGUUGGUGCUCUUGGGGCAGCCCUCGUCGCUCUUUUGGCUUGA